AUGGAGAAGCCAGAAAGCUGUGGGACUCAGUGGGACUCAACUUUCUUCAUUUGUCACGACCCCCCUCCCCCCCAGACGGCCCCUGACUACAGCAGCCUCCAGGAAGGCCUGACCUACCUGGACAUGGUGAUCGCAGAGACCUUGAGGAUUUACCCACCGGCUUUCAGGUUCACGCGGGAGGCGGCACGGGACUGCGAGGUGCGGGGGCAACACAUCCCCGCGGGCACCGUGGUGGAGGUGGCCGUGGGCGCCCUGCACCACGACCCUGAGUACUGGCCACAACCCGAGACCUUCAACCCGGAGAGGUUCAAGGCCGAGGCGCAGCGACAACGACGUCCCUUCACGUACCUGCCGUUCGGGGCGGGCCCGCGGAGCUGCCUCGGGGUGCGGCUGGGGCUCCUGGAGGUCAAGCUGACGCUGCUGCGCGUCCUGCGCCGGUUCCGGUUCGAGGCCUGCGUGGAGACGCCGGUACCACUGCAGCUAGAAUCCAAAUCUGCCCUAGGUCCAAAGAAUGGCGUCUACAUCAAGAUUGUCUCCCGCUGACAGUUAGUGUUAUGAGGACACUCCCAGAUUCAAAGAAAACCUUCAUGUGGAAAUUCAGAUUUUGGGCGAAAACAUCACUGAAGCAAUUGAAAGGGUCCCUGACAUGCAAGUAUAAAAGAGGUCUCUAUAGAUUUCCUAAAUGCUUAAUAAAUGUUUGUUGCACUUA